UAUCACACCACACAUUGGAACUUCUUUUUUCCCCCCAGCUGCACAUCCCCGAGGCCCAGUUCACGCUGCACCCCGGGGAGGCGCUGGUGGAGGUACUGCGGGUGCUGCCACGGGUGCCGGGCUGGCUGCGGGUGACGGGCGUGGUGUGGACUCUCAACGGGGUUGCACACGGCCGCAUCGCCUUCGACGUCAAGGGACGCCGCCGGAAGAAGCCCAAGGGCACACGGCCCGGCCAGCUGAAGCACUACCCCCCACACCGGCGGCUGCUGUUCCAGGUGGUGCCCACCAUGCCCCGACUGGAGCUGCUGGCGGACCCGCUGCCGCCCGCGCUGUACUCGGGGGAGCUGUGCAGGGUGCUGAUGCGCAUCCGCAACUGCGGCGGCCUGCCGCUGCGCGCGCUGGCGCUGGUGGUGGGGCACCCGGAGGCGGUGUGCCCCGCCACGGACGCCAACAAGGACCGCCCGCUGCUGGACAGCCUCAUGGACCCCCGCGAGGUGGUGCAGCUCAGCCGCGUGCCCGCAGCAUCCGCAGCAGCAGGCUCCGGAGGCGCUUUCGUGCGGCCCAGCAUGCAGCUCUACCGGCUAUGGCCGGGUCGCGAGCUGGCGCCGGGGGAGGUGCUGGAGUGGCCGCUGUGGCUGCACCCGCGGGGCGUGGGCACACUCAAGCUGCCGUUGGUGUGGUACGGAGAACCAGCGGCUGUCAAAUGCGGCAUGCGGCACCGCACGCUGCGCAUCUGCGGCAGCGUGUCCGUGCAGCCGCUGCUGGCUGCCCGACCCGCCGUGUGGCCCUCACCCACCCGCCUGUCGCACCACCAGCUGAGGCUGGCCAUAGACAACAGCAAGGAGGGUGAGCGGGUGGUACUGCAGCAGCUGGCCGCCGUGACAGCACCCCCACAGCAACAGCAACAGCAACCCGGUAGGGGCUCUUCCUCCACGGUAGCCGCCGUCACGCCCGCCGCACCACCCGCCGGCACGGCCACCGCUGUCGGCUCCCAACCGCAUGCGUCGUCAUCAUCGUCGUCCUCAUCGUCUUCGGCAGCAGGCUGGCGAAUGGCGUUGCUGGGCAGCCAGAGCUUCUCAUCCGCCGGAGCAGCUGCUGAGGCGGCAGGGACGCCGGCUGCUACCGCCCCUGACGCCGGCGGCGGCGCUGGCGGUAAGGAUGGCGCCACGGCAACAGCAGGAGCAGCGAAAGCGCCUCAUGCGCGGAGCCUGCCGCUGGCGCUGCCCUUGCAGCCCGGUGAGUCCGCGAGCCUGUUCCUACAGCUCAUCGCGCCGCCACCGGCACCGGCACCCUCGCAGUCCCAGCGACCCGGCGGGUCGGUGCCGGCCGCUGGCAACGUAGCAAUGGGAGGCGGCGGAGGAGGAGGAGCUGCCGCUGGUGGAGUCCUCAGCCCCCCUCCAAGCGGCAUGACGACCCCAGGUCAGCAAAGCGACGGCGACUCAACCACCUCAGCCACCGCAGUUGCUCAGGCGGCAGAAGCGGUGCGUGCCCUUGCGCUGGACGAUGGCUUUGGCGGGCAGCCCAGCGGCCCUCUGCCGUACGUGUACGGAUCUGACGCCAGCUUGCAGCGGUUGAACCUGUUUGGGCCCGGCGUGCUGGCACACUUCUACCGACGUGGCCGCCGGAGCAUGGUGACCGUGACAGGGGGUGUUGCAACGGCAGCGGGCAGCGGUCCGGCGGGGGCGGUACCGCCUGGGGGUGUUGCUGCUGCUCGAGCCGGUGGCGCGCAAGCCCCUGGGGGGAUGCCUGGGGCGGCACCACAGCCACAACCCGGCACGUUCGGCAUGGGGCCUUCCCAGGCUCCUGGAAUGCAGCCAGGAGGCCGCGGCCUUGCCGCUUCAGCCAGUUUCAGCCCCGGCCAGACGGCACCCCACCACGGCGCUCCCCCUCCGCUGCAGUACCCGCAGCAACCGCUGAUGCGCGGCGCCUCCUUCGGCCCCGUGGGGGCUGCUGCUGCUGCUGCUGCUGCUGCGGUUCCCGGAAUCGCACCGGGAGGCUUCCAGCCCGGAGGAGGGCCUCAGGCAGGCGGGGGUCAUGUCUCCGGCCGGCCUCAGGGCCCAGGCGGCGCUCCCGCAGCGGUGCCUGCGGGUGCGCCCGGCGGGUCGGGUCCGGGUCGGCCGCAGGGUCAGGUGCUGCCGCUGGCUGACCCCCCGCUGGACCUGCUGCUGUUGUGGCACGUGGCUGCCAGCCAGCGCACGGGGCCGCACCAGGGGCAGCAGCGGCUGGGGCUGUGCAGGCCGUACGACCCGCAGUCGGGGCGGGACCUUUCUGGAUGCCUGCAGGCCCAGACGGCGCCCAUUCGCAUGCUGCUGACGGGGCCCAACGGAGCCAGCAGUGCCGCCAGCGGCGCAGGCAGCGCGGGUCCUGUCGUACGACACGACUUCCGCCGCAGCUCGCUGGCGGUGGUGCCGCUGCGCCUGGUGGUGCGCAACAACACGGCGGUGGAGGCCAGGCUGCAGAUUGAGGUUGGCGACGGUUGGCAGUCCACCGACGCGCCGCACAGCUGGCAAGCCUCCACCGGCAUCCUCGGCCAAAGCCCCGGCGCCGUCACCGGCAUGCAGCCCUCCUCCAGCCUCGCCCUCAGCCACCACCACCAAGCCUCCAGCACCCUCCACGCCCACCACCCCCACCACCAUCCCCACUCCCACCACCACCACAGCCCGGGCUCGGGGCUUCCUGCCAUGCCCGUGGCCGCCGGAAACACCGGCGGAGGACUUAUGUCCCCCGGUGGCCCCGUUAGUGCCGGAAUCACAGGCGGCAGCACGGGUGGUGGCGGUGGCGGCAUGGGGGGUUCUGCGGGGCUGCUAGGUGGCGGCGGGCAGCAGGGGGGUCCGGGCGGCAGCAUGCUGGGUAUCAGCUACCAGGCGGGGCUGCCGCCCUGCCCCGAGUACACCUGGGUGGGUCCCAGCUGUGUGGCGGUGCCCAGGGUGCCGCCGGGAGGCGAGGUGGAGGUGGCGCUGUCGGUGGCGGUGUUUCGGCCGGGGGCCUACUGCGUCAGCGGCUACCGCUGUACGGCGUACAUGGAGGCGGCGGGGGCGGUGGAGGUGCAGCGGGGGGAGCCGUUGUGUUUUAGGGUGGAGGGAUGAGGAGCGGCGAGAGGGGAUGGCCGGGGCAAGGGUUUUGCAGGGAAGGUGGAUGCGGCAUGCGGGCAGGUCUGAUGCAGGGAAGCGGGUUUGCAGUUGGCUUGUGUCUGGUUUUCCGGAGCUUAGCGAGGCCGCUGUUGUCGUGGGUUGUGUGGGAGGAAGCGCAUGUGGCAGUGGCAGUGCGUUGGACAGCAGGCAGUGUUGCGUCUUGCCGUGUGGCUUUGACGAGUCCUAGCGCUGGCGGGGGAAAGGGAGAGAGCGGGCUUUGUAAGCUGUGCUUUGAGCGAGGCUUCUCGGUAAUCCUUAGGUGACCAUCAGAUGCGAAAUUGCCAUGUAUCACAGCCCUUGCGUCUUUGUCCAGCCUUCCAGCCGACGUGCUGUGGCUAACAGCGGCAACUCCGGUUGAGUAAACGGCUCGUGGUGUAAAAGACUCACAGCAGAGCAUCCAUUGCUGGAUCCGUGCCGAUGUUGAAGGGCGUCGUCGUGUAUGCCCCGGGGCAAUGCAUGGG